UGUCGGCGUAGUACUCCAGUUAUAAACUCUCCCUUGCUGCUCAACGGGAUUUAUUAUUUUAGGAAGACUUGAGCGAGGCAAAUCUCACGGUCCAAAACACAGAUUUUUGUUUUUGGUGGACUACCGUUACGAUUCUGUUUCAGCCUUCUUCAGUGGCUCAGCAUUUUCUUGGCUGAGAUAUCCACAGUCAGUGCCUUCUUCCGGGUACCUACUUCUUGAUUGGCACACGCUAAACAGCGGAAUUCGCCAAUUGUUAUAAAAAGUUUGUACUUGGGGCUCAGACGAGCAAUAAGCGAUUGACAUAUCUCCAAGAAGUCACAAACGAGACGUCGGUUGGAUAAGGCAGAUGUAACUUUCUCCGUUCUCAUCAAGACAGGAAUUUGUUCUCCAAAAAGGAUCUUACUAUAUUCUCAAGGAGAAGGAAUAAGCAUAUAUUAACCUUGAUUGAACCAAACCAUAAGGAAUUGUACCGUGUUGGGAUAAUAUUUUUGACUGCUCGUACAGUUUUUUUUAACUGUGGAAUAUUAGGAGGUGAAGCCGUUGCUUCAACGGCGUGAUUCAAAUAUCACCGUGUUGAAGGAGCACCGCGUCAACAUGGGACGGAACACACUUCCAUACGUGGUUGCCGUUUGCCUCAUGUGCUCACUGCUCCAGUGCGAGUUUACAACAGCUUUUGAUGAAAUUGACGUCAUAAAUGCAGCCGGCAUUUCAGGGAGAACGCCGGGUAUCAGAGAAACCAAAACACCAGAUGGCAACCAAGCCUUCAAAAUGAGACCCAUGGAGCGAGACCUGGGCACAGACCAGAGCACCCUGGAAAGACUUCUGGCAUCCAUGAGGGAGGACGAGGGCUUUAUGUUGAUAGCCACCGUCUCACAGGACAGUAAGAACCGCGGCACGAUCGUCUCGAUCGACCGAUCCAACGGUAGGACCCGCGGUUUCGGGUUCCACGUGGACCGGAGAAACGACGUCGCCGUGGUGCAGUACGCCGAGUUCGGCUCCGGAGAGCCCCGGGAGAACUCGGUGGAAUUCUCGCCGCUCAACAUCGAAAAAUCGGACAACGAGUUACACACCUUUGUGUUGGACGUCCGGGGGAACCUCGUCACCCUUUACAUGGACUGCCAGCUUAUCGGCCUGAAGAUUCUACCGUCGUCCUUUUACGUCGACAUGCCCUCGGACAACAUGAAGCUUCGUCUUGGCAAAGGCGUCACUGGACUUAAUAACGUCUCCGACUUCAAGGGUACUCUGGCCACUGUAAAGUUCGCCUUCCGCACAAGUACCAACGAUGUUUUAAUCAGCCAGGGAUGCAUGAUAGAUCUCGGGUUUGCAUCGUCCUCACAGCUGAGCUACGCUAGCAGCUACCCUAUCCCAUCGGUGGAGGAUUCGCAACCGAGUCAGAUCGGGGAUGCGUCUAUGCCUGGACAUGAAAGUGCAUCAGGAACCAACGGAGCAAGCAUCACCCACAGCGACAGCGCCGACGCCAGCAACAUCAACCGUCCCGAGAGCAACAUCCCCAGCCACGGUGUGAGCUUCGGAAGCCACAGCAAUGACCCCAACCUGGGUGUCAUGCCCCCACCCAUCCCUUAUGAUCCCCCUUUCACCCCUCCCCUCACCAACUCAGACUUCGUGCACCCUAACGCGCCCCCAACGGAGGGAACGCUGAAGGGAAUGUGUGCUUUGACGUGUGAUCAGAUCAAUAACCUCAACAAUCAGGUGCAGGUAUUGUCCGAAGGAUACGACGAGAUCUGGAAUCAAAUUGAACACAUCGAGCACCAGAAGCCCCCAGAUUGGCCCACCCUCAAUGGAUGUUGGUACAUGAAGUCAUUUUACGAGGCCGGAGCCGUCUUCAAGGUUGACAAAUGCAAGUCAUGCGAGUGCAGCAUGGACUCAGGGAUACCCGUGGUAGAGUGCUCGACUAUUAAAUGCAGACCAGGAAAAUGCACAAACCCGAUCAUCCGAGAGGGAGAUUGCUGUGAGACAUGUCCCAAUGACAACCUCGGCUGGAGCGAUUGGGCAGAGUGGACCUCGUGCUCAGCGACCUGUGGACAGGGUAUGCAGCAUCGUGGACGGUCGUGCGACAGAACACAGUUUGAGUGCAAUGGGAACGAUGUUGAAACCAGAAUCUGCUACCUCGAUCCCUGCAUUGAAAUUAUUGAUGGUGGUUGGAGUAAUUUCACCCCGUGGUCUUGUGCAGUAACCUGCGGUAAUGGAACAGAAAGCCGAAUGCGAUCGUGCAAUUCACCAAGACCGAAGAACGGAGGCCGCCGGUGCACUGGCGAGGCCGACGGGGCCGGAAGAGAGGAGAGACCGUGCCAUAGACCCCCUUGUCCCGUUGAUGGAAAGUGGGGCUUGUGGUCUGAGUUUACCGGGUGUACCAAGACAUGCGACGGUGGAUGGCAAGAACGCAACCGAUUCUGUGACAGUCCUGCCCCAGCCUUCGGUGGAAGCGACUGUCUUGGGUCGACCAACAAUAGACGCAUGUGCAAUGAAUGGCCAUGCCCGGUCGAUGCCUGCCUGUCAAGUCCUUGUUUUGACGGUGUGGAUUGCGUCAGUUUCACUGAUGGCCGUUACGAGUGUAAGGAUUGCCCAGUGGGCUAUGAAGGAAACGGAAUUGUGUGCAACGAUAUCAAUGAGUGCAACCUUGUGUCCGAUGCUUGCUUCAACUUUCACGGUGAGCACCGUUGCUUGAAUUUGGUUCCCGGCUACACCUGCAGAAAGUGCCCCAAUGGCUACAGAGGUAACCAGCCGUCUGGUAUGGGAGUCUACCACGCUAAACGAUACAAGCAGCAAUGCAUCCCGAUCAACCCCUGCUCAGAAGGAACAUCUAAUUGCCAUUUCGAUGCCAGAUGUAUAUUCCACGGUCCUUAUUCAGAGCCACAAUACGGUUGCAAAUGCAAGACUGGCUUCGCUGGUGACGGUAUUGCAUGCGGGUUUGAUAGCGACCUGGAUGGCUGGCCCGAUAACCAAUUGGACUGUGAAGACAAAGGAAAAUACACUCAUUGCACAGGGGACAAUUGUCCAGCUCUGCCCAACAGUGGACAAGAAGACACUGAUGGUGACGGUAAAGGUGACGCAUGCGACGACGACGAUGACGAUGAUCUGGUCAACGAUUCUAGGGAUAACUGCCAGUACCACUCCAAUUGGGCCCAAAACGACGUUGAUGACGAUGGCGUCGGUGAUGUGUGCGACAAUUGUAUAUUUGUGGCCAACACACGACAAGAGGACACUGACGGUGAUGGCGAAGGAGACGUAUGCGACGAUGACAUCGAUGAUGAUGGUAUCCUUAAUUACGAUGACAACUGUAUGUAUGUAGCGAAUGCUAAGCAGCUUGACUAUGACGAGGAUGGCUAUGGUGAUGUGUGCGAUAACUGUCCAGGGAUUGCUAACCCAGAUCAAACCGAUAUCGAUGAUGACAAUGUAGGUGACGUGUGUGACACCGACGCGGACAUGGACAGCGACGGUCACCAAGAUGACCUGGACAAUUGCGUGGAUAUCCCCAACAGCGACCAAGCAGAUCACGAUCUAGAUGGCAUUGGUGACGCUUGUGACUUCGAUGACGACAACGAUGGAUUUGAGGACAUUGAGGACAAUUGUCCGUUGGUAUCCAACCCCAGUCAGAAUGACACCAAUGAAAACGGACGUGGUGACUCCUGCGAGUUUGACUUCGAUGGUGACGGUGUAUCCGACAUGAACGACGCAUGCCCAGAGAACUCCAAUAUCCAACGGACGGACUUGUCGCACUUCCAGCUGAUCAAACUUGACCCUGAAGGGUCAGCACAGAUUGACCCACAUUGGAUCGUCAGGAAUAGAGGUCAAGAGAUGGUACAGACCAUUAACAGUGAUCCUGGUCUUGCUAUAGGCUAUGAUGAAUUCCAAGCGGUUCAGUUCAGCGGUACGUUCUACGUCAACACAGAGCGAGAUGACGAUUACGCUGGCUUCGUCUUUGGGUACCAGUCAAAUCACCGAUUCUACGCAGUCAUGUGGAAACAGGUUACGCAGAAGUACUGGGCACCGUUGCCGACCAUAUCAGAGGCUACAGCCGGUCUCCAACUCAAGUUGAUCAAUUCAACGACGGGUCCAGGAGAAUAUUUAAGAAAUGCUCUGUGGCACACGGGAGACACAGGAGAUCAGGUAAAGCUCAUCUGGAGCGACGAUAACAAGAUUGGAUGGAAAGAUUUCACAGCUUACAGAUGGACUUUAACACACAUACCCAAAACUGGGUACAUAAGAGUGACAAUGCACGAAGGCAGCAAGGUGUUGGCUGAUUCGGGCGCCCUCUACGACAUGACAUUACAGGGUGGCCGAAUUGGUCUGUUCUGCUUCUCACAAGAGAUGGUGUUCUUCUCUGAUCUGGAAUAUAAAUGCAUCGACAAUAGAGAGCCUACCACAACUACCGUCUGAUCAACCAACUCUGCUUUAGGAACUUUUCGUUUGAUCCAGCGAUGAGAAAGACAAUGCUGUAUACAUCGUUCCUCUUACGAAUAUUUAGUUUUUGAUAAAUCGGCUGCUUCAGAAAAAGAACAGACCUUCACAAGUUGCACUCGCAUCGCACCCUGACAGAGAAACAUGCUGCCUUUAAGAUGCUGCCUGCUCAAUACUUAAACACCGCGUUGAUUGUUCGUAUCCUACGCAUACAUUGUGCGAGACAAGGCGUCAGUAUACCAGUAACUCGGACAUGGACCAAUAUUUAACUGGAUAAGCGGAAUAUACUACACGUAUACCGAAUUGAGAAACAGUACGCACAUAAUAUUUUAAACUUAAAAAAAGAGGUAUUAUAAACUUAUCAUAGAUAUUAUUAUUAUUAUUGAUGUUGUAUAAAUCAGCGCAUGCGCUUGUUCUUCCCGCUGUGGUCGCCCGAUUCAGUUCAAACCAGUUUGUUUGCACAAGAUAGACAUUGAAGGCGCAAUUUGAUUGUGGUUGGCUGAACCUCCAACGCCUGGACAGCAAGACUAAGUUGUUCUUCUCAUGUUGGAAGUAUGUUAGAAUUGACUCGGGCAACCCUCGCUUGCUGAAAAUCUUUAUUUCUUAUCUGUGACUUUUUCAAUGGGAAUCAGCUGAUAGUCAGGAAAUUGCUUCAGCAACAAAAAGGGUGAAACCUCCCGUCAUGAUUUGACUAAAAAUUGCAGUCAGGGGAAUCCUCGAUUACCUAGUGCUUAGCUUUCUAUCAAGUAUGCCUUUGUACACGCUUUGUUCACCAUCAUUGUCUUCCUGGUAAACACCAUCGUUUAAAGUAUGUUAUAUAUUUUUGUGCAUCUAUUUAUGGUAUAAUGGAAACAUUAUAUUAUAAAAAAAAAAAAAAACUGUUUUAUGAUAUAAAGCAGAUUUGUUGUUUUUUAUGUGUGAGCCAAAAAGUGUUAUAUCUGCCUGUGUAUUAUUCUUCCCUCAAGUAUUGCUAUAUUAAUCUUCUAUAUUUGUAAAUUUAUUGUUAACUUUCUGUGAAAUUGAAGCCGGGUCGUCGUCGCUUGAGGGCGUAUGUCAAACGAGUCGGCCUUGAUAUCACACGAGAAAGAAAAAAACAUGUAAAAUAUUUGAUCAGUUUAAACGGUUAAACAUGCAUAUUAUUAUUAUUAAGUGAUUAAAUUAAUAAGUAACCAAUCUGUUAAACGUUUCCACGCAUGCAAGUAAACAUGACAUUUCUAUUAUUGUCGUUAGUGGUAAAUGUUUUCUUUUUAAUACAGGGUGUUUUCUGCCUACGAUUUUAAUGACAGUUGACAUUUUGAAAAUGUUUAGCGUGCGGAAAGUUGCAAUAUCAUGACGUCAUCAUUAUAGCUUUAUACGUCUCGGAAUUAAAGUUGUCAGUUUUUUGUAGUUAUCAUGUUUUUUGUGUGAAAAAAAACAAAACAACACUUCGUUUAUUGAGAAAGGGAUGGUACGAUGAUGGAAGUUAAUUCUUCGAAUACAAUUACUAUAGCAUACACAAAUUGCCCUCAGUUGUAAGCCCGACAACCUUAAACAAAAACACCAAACACCGUUUAAUUGUGUUCUCAAACCAUCAAACAAAUUGUGUUGGACAAUUUAUUUCAUUAGUUAAUUUACAAAAAGGGUUGAAGUUGCACUUAAGAAUUGCAUACCACUGUCACACUUACCCCUUUCUAGGCUUCAAAGUUUAGACAAAACUGUCAAAACUUUGUCUCUAGACAAACAAACUAGUAGUUCAAAGCAAAUAAAGAACAGUAAACAGAAAAAUACAAAACAAUAAGUAUGAUUUUAAACUCAUGGUUGGACUAUAAUCAAGUGAAGUUUGCGCUAGCACUGUCGUUUAAAUCUCUCCUGAAGACAAGCGCAGCAUUCUGAUCGAAACGUUGAGAUAUCAGCCACCGGUUCUUCUAAGAACCAACACUACUCAAAAGAGAUGUUCACUUUAGUGCUACUGCAAACCUGACCUGGUUAAACACUAACCAUAUAACCAAAACAAAACGCCAUUGCAAACAAAAAACUCCGAAGUCACCGUGUAUGCAACGGUUAUCCUCAAAACAGUCACAGUGUCACAAUUUCUGUUUUUUUUUCCCUUCAGAUUAGUUACUAAUAACUCAAGAUUUCACUGUUUAAAGAAAGAACCCGAAUUUUAUUUCGUCGAUUUUCAAAUCGCCAAUUAAUAUUUAAACUGGGAUGGCAGUUCCAUUUAACUCAGAGUUCACACUGGUAACUGAGCUUGUCAUGGCUUUUGGUAUUCGUCGUCACAUUAAUAUAAAUCUUCGAAUUCGGCAACAUUCUGAUGCUUUGAAUAAAAGAAAGUUAGAUUGAAUUAUUAUGUUAUAGCCGUUUUAAUUUAAAUGUAUAGUUUAUUUUAAAAAAAAGAUUAAAUAAUAUUAUGUUAAUAUUGUGUCGCCCCAAAUAGGACCGUAAUCCUUCGCGAAAACUUUGAGCAGAUUAAUUUUCCGAAACUGUGAGAGAAAACAAUAAUUUACUUUCCUUUGGAGAAAUUAAAACAUAAACGGGUAUUUGUCCGAUUCCAAAAGUUCUGGAGACAUUUUGGAUUGUUCAAUUUUAUUUUCAAGUUUUAAUUGAAUCCGAGGUGGCUCCUUAAAGCUGUCUCAUGGUUGUGUCAGUAAAUGAGGUACAGAAAAUGUCUUAUUUUGUUGAUGAAAUACUACUUUAAUUUUUUUUUUUAAUGUUGUAUAAUCAUGUUGGUUAAACACGAAAAACAAAGCUGUAGAUAUCUCGCCUAUAUAUGUAAAAGAA